ACUCUGGAUAUUAAAUGCCAGUACUCUGAAAACCUUUUCCAUCAUAUAAGCAAGUUCCCGGAAGAUAUGCAGCUGAAGGAGGACACAGUGAAUGUCCACUACGCCAUCCUGCAAUUCCAUAUUGAAGCUCAUGGCUCAAAGUGUGAAGAAAACUUCUGCUUCAGAUACAUGCGCCACAUGGCUAUGGUCUGUGGAGAGAUCGUUGAGUCAGGAUGGGUGUAUACAAAUCUGCUAUUGAUGAGUGUGAGAGAAAUGGGUUCUGUGUGCCACAAGACACUCAACAAUCAUUGGGGCACCUACAACUGGCAGAAGGUGGUGUCAUUUGGUACAUCUUUCCUUGUCAGCUGUCAGUGGCUCCCUUUGCUAACAGAUGUUUUCUAA